AUGUUCAUCCAUUCGCUCAGGACGCGCCUCGGAGGUAUCAUCUAUCAGGAUGUUCCACAGGGCUCAUGGGUGAAAAGCACAAAUUUGGUUGGAAGUGCAAAUGUUGCUGCAGGUCCAGGUCACAUAUCUAGGACUUUUGACAGAUUUCCUACCUUUGGUGGUAGACCUCCGCUUGGAAGUGAACUCAACCGAGAUAUGAGACGCUAUUGA